AAUCCUGAGCUUAUGAUAUCGGUAAGAUUCUAUGGAACUACAGCAUAUCUCAUCGACAAAAGUCUUAUACCAAUAGUUUUGUUAUGGUUAGACCCAGUUGUUGGAUAUAACUUCAUAACAUAUGGUUCAUUCGAUACGGAACGUUGCAGUGAAGGCUUACUUUACAUCGUUCAGAAACCGAAGGACUUCAACACAAAGAGAUAUAAGAUAGGAAGAACAUAUAAUAUAACUCAAAGAUAUGACAGUACAGUCAAUAGAGUCAAGGUUGUGUUCGUUAACGAUAUGAGAGCUGCAGAAACAGAACUACUUGAAAAGUUUGAGAAAAUGUAUGGUGCUCCCAUAAAAGGUAAAGAAACGUUUGAAGUAGAUGAGAUAGAUAAAGCUAUAAAAUUAUUUGACGAAGUUGCUGAAAAAUACAUGUAA